AUGCCCCAAUGGGGAAGACCAUCCGGGGCUCUUGUAGGUGGGCGUGAAGAGGGGUGGAGAGAUGAGUAUGAGACACGAAGGAGAAGAUUCUUGACUGUGGACGAUGAGAGCGACGAUGGACACCAGCGCGUCUACCUCGAUCCUGCCGGCUUCAAGUCUAGGUCUGCCGAUAGACUACCUCGGGAAGGAUAUACUGGAGACGAAUUAUUAUUCACUGGAUACGACUUGGGUUCUGGCAGGGGAGAGAGAAGAGUGGAUGACAUCCCAUACGAGAGAAGAGCAUACCAGCCGCGGGAUGACGAGCUCUACCACGACAAUGCCUUGACACGGCCGUCACGAGAAGACGCACUGGUUCAAUCGGCAAGAGACAAACUACGUAGAGCAAGGGUCAAGGGAAAGACAAACGUCAGUCUGAGUGUUGAAGAGAUGGCAGCAUUGGAGAGGUCCAGCACGCAGCAACGUGAUACUUCCGAGCCAAACACGCCAAACAAGAGCAAAAGCAGGGGAAGUCGGUCUAGUAGUACUACGAGCCUGACAAGCACUCGACCACGAAGGCAGAGUAUCAGUCUCUUUGGCAGCACGUCGCCUUCUCAAUCUCGUUCACGAACUCCGAAGACCACAAGAAAAGCUUCGAACGAACAGCAACCAGUCAUUCGCCCUUCAGGCUCGACGCCUCCAGCCUUCAUGAUCCACGGUCCGGACGGCGUACCGAUGCACGCUCCGAUGGGUUACUAUCCUUCUCCAGUGUCGUCUAGGAGACCAUCAUCAAACAGCAAUCGCCAGAUCACACCGCCCUACGAAGCAUACUCUCCUCGUGUAUAUGGUCCGGAACUUCGUACGCAUUCUUCGCCCUCCAAUCGAGCACUCUACAACGAGAACGCUUGGGCUUCCUCGAGUCGACAGGCACCGAGCGCCUCAUAUCCCGAUCUUUCUGAACCAUCUGCUUCAGCCGGAAAUUCCUACCCGACCGCCCUACCUGUAUCAGACGUGUCUUAUGCUAAACUGCGGCGCGGUCCUCAGGGGUCUCCACUCUCGAACGUGGAAGCAGCAGCUGAUCGCUGGGAGCGGGAAGCGGCAUUAGGGCAAAGGGCCAGACCGCCUAGUAGUGGAAGCAGUAGCGAUGAUUCCGGACAAGGCGUCAGGAUAGAGGUGGAACCUGGUUUUGGAUUCAGAAGGGUUCCAGUGUCAAGUAAAAGCAGUGGCACAGUCAGGCGCAAGGGUAGACGGUAG